GCUAGAAUUUUGGAUUGGGUUGGCUCAGAAAAGACUUUCAGUAGCAUUCCUGAAAGAAAAUAUGUUUUCCGGCAGGCAAAUCUGCUACAAGGCCUUAAAUAAGGAUACUUUAGGAGGUCCAAUACCUUUCCUGCAGCUACUUGGAGGGUGGUAGCCUUUUCAUUUACCCAGAACUUUCUUCCAUAUCAGUGUAUCAACUCUUCAUGGAGGUAGUAAUUGAUGAAAUUGGAUGGCUUGAUUUUUACGCUGCAUUUUCUUACAUGUGCAAUCAAGAGAGAAGAAGAUCCAAACAGUAUCCCAUCCAAGCAGAGAAAGAGAUAAUUUUAACUACAGUUUUUACUGUAUGCUAUGAUGUUUUCUCUGCGUUUGCUCACUUCAGCCAUUCGACUCUAUUGCCACUGGACACAAAUUUGCUAGAAUUCUUGCUACGGAGUCAGAGCCUGUUAACUGUCUGUUUGGAAGACUACUGGGCAGCUUAUGAUAAGCCAUGCAGUGAAUCCCUAAAGUUUUCAGAAACAGGUUCCUCUGAUGCCACUUCAUUUUUACGAUCAAGGGGAACAAUUAAGUCAUCUGUCGUCUUGGGAGCACAACAAAAUCAAAAUGACUUAAGGGCACGGGGAUGCACAGAGAAUGACACUCAACAUGGAUCUAAACUGAAAAAGCUGGAUACCAUAUCAGCUGGGUUUGUGGAGGGAGCCUGUGCUGCUAAGUCAAUUCCUCAGCAUGAGAGUUUAAUUAGGAAAUACAGUAUCAAGUUGGCAUCUGCAAGCUCUGAUAUCUGGAUGGGUACACAAUUGCUUUUCACAGACAUCAGGGUUGCUGCAGAGCUACUUGUAAAUCAAUUACGUGGUUACCAGGUUGCAGAGAGGGAAAGAAAGAAGUUAAAAAAAACUUUAAAUGACAUUUCUUCACUUAUCCCAGUAACAAUUCUAAUGCUACUUCCUGUAUCUGCUAUAGGUCACGCAGCCAUUCUAGCAGCAAUCAAAAAGUACAUACCAUUCUUGAUUCCUUCUCCAUAUUCUUCUGAGCGAUUGGAUGUUGUGAAACAACUAAAUAGAACUAAGAAGAUGGAAGUUCAGUCAUGGAGCAACCUUGAAGAUCCAUCCUCUAGAAUACCAAAGUAAUUUUUUCAUGGGAUCUUGUUGUCUAAAUGUUGCUUAACAGCUCCUUAUACUAACCUUGUUGCACAAUCAGUACAUUGAUGGAUGCAUACAUACAUACGUUGAGACAGAAUGUAUAAGUAGACAAACUAUUUACUUAUCAAAGAACCAAAGUAGUUUGACAAACACAUUUUCUGUUGAUUUAUG